UACCUGACAGACUUUUUUCGGGCGACAAAUACCACCAACAACUAUAAAAAGGCGUUACCAGAAUCUCGUGAUAGAACGACAUAAAGUGGCAGGUCGUAGGCGGUGCUGUAUCAAAGGCCGUUUGGAGCGCAUCAAAGGAUUACAUUAAGGAAGAAGACCAUGGAAGUUCGUGUCGGACUCGUCGUUUUACUCUGCCUGAUAGGAUUCAGCUGUGCUGUGCCAGUGAAAUUCGCAGAUUGCGGCUCCACUUCUGGCAAAGUGUCCACCGUUGACAUCAGUCCCUGUGUCACUCAGCCAUGCCAGCUCCAGAAAGGACAGUCCUACAGCGUCAACGUGACGUUCAGCAGUGCUGUGGCGAGCAAGACGAGUAAGGCCGUGGUUCAUGGUAUCAUCGCCGGCGUUCCCAUCCCUUUCCCCAUUCCCAUCGAAGAUGGCUGCCAGUCUGGAAUUCAGUGUCCAAUCCAGAAGGAGCAGUCAUACAACUACCUCAACAAUCUUCCCGUGAAGUCUGAAUAUCCAUCUAUGAAGCUUGUUGUGGAGUGGGAGCUGAAAGAUGACAACAAAGAAGACUUCUUCUGCAUCAAGUUUCCAGUCCAGAUUGUGAACUAAACAUUGUACCUCCCGUUUGUUUGUUUUUUUUAAAAAGGGACUCGGCUCCAGUAAAAAGUGAAAAAUGAACAACUCAAGAUCAUUUUAUUCAUGCAGAUGAUUUUAAGAUGCAGGAAACUACCACAUUUGCAAGACUUUGCCGCACUUAUAACAUGAAAUACAAGGUGGGGG